GGGCAGGUGCCACGGCUGCUGCCCGAAGGCGGCAUGUGACGCGCGGCCGCAGCUGCCCGCGGGCGGAGCGCGCUCGGACCCGGGAGCGCAACCGCGGGCCAUCCAGGCUGCAGCCGGGAGCCCCGCGCUCGCGACCCGCCGGGAGGAGCCCCGCAGCUGCGCCUGCACCCAGCGGCCGGGCGAUGCAGACCAGGGCGGCUCCGGGACACCAGCGACCCUGAGGACGCUCGCUGUCUCGGAACAGCGUACUUGGAGAGCCCGGGGUUCUGGGGAAAGGACCGGACGGUCCGGGAGGAUCCGGGAGGCGCGGAGGACUCGAGUGGGACAGCCACCUGGAGCGCAGCUGGCAGAUCUGACUGGUAAUGGCAUCUACUUCAGUUCCGAGUUUCUCAGCGGACCGUGGACUGAGUGAACCAUAUCCUUUCCCGUCAUGAUACACAGCACAAAGGCUCUCCACUUUGCUGCAUUCUGACUAGUGGCCAAGCACGGACAUUCUGAACUUCAGCAAAGGUAGAGUAAGGGCUGACCAUUUGAUUUUGGAUAACCAGUUGGUGUAUUCUUCCCUGGGAAGGCCUGCACCCAGUAUCCACCAGAUCACCCCUUGGGACACUUUGCCCAGCACUAUGUACUAUGUCAGAGAGUCACAAUGACCUUGCAGAGUAACAGCACCACCUCGCCUUUAUUUCCCAACAUCAGCUCUUCCUGGGUGCACAGUCCCUCCGAGGCGGGGCUGCCCUUGGGGACAGUCACUCACUUGGGCAGCUACAACAUUUCACAAGCGACUGGGAAUUUCUCCUCAAACGACACCUCCAGCGACCCUCUCGGGGGUCACACCAUCUGGCAAGUGGUCUUCAUAGCAUUCUUAACAGGCUUCCUGGCCUUAGUGACCAUCAUUGGCAACAUCCUUGUCAUCGUGGCCUUUAAGGUCAACAAACAGCUGAAGACAGUCAACAACUACUUCCUCUUAAGCCUGGCCUGUGCAGAUCUGAUCAUCGGGGUCAUUUCCAUGAACCUGUUCACCACCUACAUCAUUAUGAACCGCUGGGCACUGGGGAACUUGGCCUGUGACCUCUGGCUUUCCAUUGACUAUGUGGCCAGCAAUGCUUCUGUCAUGAAUCUGCUGGUCAUCAGCUUUGACAGGUACUUUUCCAUCACAAGGCCACUCACCUACAGAGCCAAAAGAACAACAAAACGAGCAGGUGUGAUGAUUGGUCUGGCUUGGGUCAUCUCCUUUGUCCUGUGGGCCCCUGCCAUCUUGUUCUGGCAGUACUUUGUAGGGAAGAGAACUGUGCCCCCAGGAGAAUGUUUCAUUCAGUUCCUGAGCGAACCCACCAUCACCUUCGGCACGGCGAUUGCUGCCUUUUACAUGCCUGUCACCAUCAUGACAAUUUUAUACUGGAGGAUCUAUAAGGAAACUGAAAAACGUACCAAAGAGCUGGCUGGGCUACAGGCCUCUGGGACGGAAGCUGAGGCAGAAAACUUUGUCCACCCCACGGGUAGUUCUCGAAGCUGCAGCAGCUAUGAACUACAACAGCAGAGCAUGAGACACUCAUCCAGGAGCUGUCACGGCCGCUGUCACUUCUGGUUCACAACCAAGAGCUGGAAGCCCAGUGCUGAGCAGAUGGACCAAGACCACAGCAGCAGUGACAGCUGGAAUAACAAUGACGCUGCUGCCUCCCUGGAGAACUCGGCUUCCUCCGAUGAAGAGGAUAUUGGCUCAGAGACCAGAGCCAUCUACUCUAUUGUACUCAAGCUUCCAGGUCACAGCACCAUCCUCAAUUCUACCCAGCUACCUUCCUCAGACAACCUGCAGGUGCCAGAUGAGGACCUGGGAACUGCUGAUGUGGAGAGAAAUGCCAACAAGCUUCAGGCCCAGAAGAGCAUGGAUGACGGUGACAACUGUCAGAAGGACUUCUCCAAGCUUCCCAUCCAGUUAGAGCCUGCCGUGGACACAGCCAAGACCUCCGACACCAACUCCUCUGUGGACAAGACCACGGCCACUCUACCUCUGUCCUUCAAGGAAGCCACGCUGGCUAAGAGGUUUGCUCUGAAGACCAGAAGUCAGAUCACCAAGCGGAAAAGGAUGUCUCUCAUCAAGGAGAAGAAGGCAGCCCAGACCCUCAGUGCCAUCUUGCUGGCCUUCAUCAUCACGUGGACCCCCUACAACAUCAUGGUCCUGGUGAACACCUUCUGUGACAGCUGCAUACCCAAAACCUAUUGGAAUCUGGGGUACUGGCUGUGCUAUAUCAACAGCACCGUGAACCCCGUGUGCUAUGCCCUGUGCAACAAAACAUUCAGAACCACCUUCAAGAUGCUUCUCUUAUGCCAGUGUGACAAGAGGAAGAGACGCAAACAGCAGUACCAGCAAAGACAGUCAGUCAUUUUUCACAAGCGAGUGCCCGAGCAGGCCUUGUAGAAAGAGGGUUUAUCAAUAGCAGUGACCAUACGCACAUCAGCCCACAUAGCCUAGCAGGAGUCUGGCACAGGUGGGAGGCCAUUCCUGCUGGUGAUAAAAGGAGGUUUUAUAAGCCACGCAGGAGAGAAGCUGCCUGUUUACCGAUCCAUUGAAUAACUGUUUUUGGUCCAAUGCUAAUUCAGCAGGAAAAAAGAGAGAGAGAAAAAAAAAACAUACUGCUGAAUAUAAAGAGAUGUAUUCUGAAAUAGACUCUUAAGUGUUCUUUUUUUUUUUCUCUUAAAGAGAAAAAAAAUAUUGUCUUUAAGCAAGUACCCCUGGAAUUGGUUUGCCUGGGUCUUUUUAAUUCCUAUUAGCUCUGGAAUCACUGGUGAGCCUCCCUGCAGUAAUUGCUAUGUGUUCUUCCCAAGGGUCCCAAAGUGUCCACCCAGACCCCAUGUGGAGCACGAAAGGCUUGAAAAAUCUGUGGUUCUGAGUUCUUUUGUACAUUGCAAAGCUGACACCUCUUGUCCUGAUCAGCUUCCAUCCUCUUUUGGUGUGUUGUUAAACUCUAUUUGUGGAUUUGACUCUUGGUUCUUGCAAAGUACUGUUUUGUGCAGUUCAAGUUUCAUACAAAUAAAAUUGUAUAUGAAUACAUGCAUACCUAAACAUGUGUGAGUUCCGCACGCACACACAUAGUGUAUAUAACAUGAUGGGGAACACUGAACUGGCGAAAUGUUCCUACCAGAUAUGCUUUCAGUACUUUGGUAACUGAAAAAUCUCUAGGAUCCUAAUAUGAUAUGAAAGUGAAAUAAGGCCAGCUUAAUGUUGUGGUUUGGUUUGGGUUUCUGACACCAGAGCUAUUUUCCACAAACUACCCUGAAGAAUAACAUCCAGCACAGACAAGCCAGAACUUCUCAGCAAGCCAAGAGACUGUGCUAGACGGACAGUCUCAAGGGUCAGUCGGCACCACGUCUUGACUGGACUCUGAGCACAUACUGAUGGUAGAGCUAAGCCAGGGUUCCUCCAAGCUCAAAAGAAUGAACUUGUGAACGUGUUCGGAUUCAGUCGUCCAAAUCUGAAUGUUUCAAAAAAAAUCUUUCUGGGAUCAUAACUGCUUGAAACUCAAUCCUAGAAUCACUUUUGAAUGUCACAUGCAGCAAUAUAUUCACAUUUACAUGAGAAAGCAAAAGAAAUGCUGCGCCAGGGGCUGAUGGGACAUACCGUUUUCACUUCCUGCUACCUGGCACCUUCUGAAA